CUGAAAAGUCCGCAACCGGGUCCGGAAUCCGGACUGAUCCGGAUCUGAUUUGGAUUGUAUUCAGAUUUUUGUAUAUUUGGCAAUGCUGCAUGAAACUGAAAGCACAAAGCAGACGAAUUGAAUGUAUUUUUCAUUUCUCUUCACUCUCCGAGUCCGAGCUUCACAUUAUUAGAAAUAUUUCCGCACUCAAGUGUUUAUGUAUGAUUACGUUGCGUUCAAAAUUGUUGACAUUGACUUCAUCUUCAUAUCGCCCUUGACCGUAUAUUCUAUGAAUACUUGACUGCCUCUCAUGUCAAAAAAAGAUCUUCGAGGCUCCAUCUAUCAUCUUUAAUCAAAGAGGGACGUUUAUCCGCCAACUUGCAAGUCAAAUAAAAUGAGUAACAACCGGGAUAAAACGUUCCCUGAAAAGCUCAAGCAGUUCUUCAAGUUUUCUUCUAAAUCACCUGCAUCAUCACAGAGCCAAACUUGUGGCUCGUUUCCUCGCCUCAAAGUUGAAAAAUUUGUGUUAACAAGAGAUGUGCAGCGCUCACUCACUUGUGAAAUACCUGUUGGACAGAGAUUGAAAACUUUACAAGAAAUUGGUGAAGAAGUGGCCAGCAAGAGAAUUGAAGAUGAUGGUGCUGAGACUUUGUGGCUGCUCAUCAAUGACUUGUUUGUCAUUAGUUCAACGGAAGAAAGACAAACAGCUCUCAUGUUCCUUAAAAACCUCAUCACUGGACAGUAUGAGCGUCUGGGAAUGCUACGAGUUUACAUAUUUGAUAUUGUAAAAGAAUCUCAGUUCAAUGAAGACAAUUUCAUACUUAUUGAACUGCUGAAAGCAAUGACUGACAAUGGGAAAGAUUUACUUUAUUUAGAAGAAUCCAUUGGAGGUUUCCUGUUGCAGUUCCUCCUUCAAGUGUCUCAGCUGCAGCUGUUGAAACAGUUUUUACCGUUUCUUUUGAAUGUCAUCAAAUUCAACUCAGCUUAUGUGGAUGGCAAUAUGAUUGGUGGUGUUGUAAGCACAUUGUGUGGCUUGGCAAUUUCCAGUUCUGAUCCAGAAGAAAUUUUAUUGAUCAUAUCGGUCUUUGAUGCAAUAAUUUGCUACAGUAAUCUACCCAACGAAUCGAUCGUGGUUUUUACAUCAACUUUGUGCCGUUUGGUCAACGUUUCCAGUUACAGCAAUCUGUCUUGGAAGAUCAUGCGAAAUUUAAUUGGAACCCACCUUGGAACAAGCACGCUCUAUACCCUAAUUCACAGCUUACAAACAUCAGAAGACCCGUCUCUUUUACGAGGAGGAAUCUUUUUCAUCGGAAUGGUGCUCUGGUCAGAUCGUCCAGCCAACUGUCCUAUUUGUCCUCCAGCUGUUGUAUUGCCAGCUUUAAGCGAAGCGCUUAAACAUAGCAAAAAUCCUCUUGUCGUUUUUGAGACUGGCCUUACUAUGCAAAAACUAGUUCGACUGGAUGGCGCGAACUUAGUAGGUCUUGCAUGGGAUUGGAUAUUGGAAAUCUUGGAUCAUUUCCUACAGUUCGGAGACGAAUAUCCUAAAGUCCGCCAAGUUUUUUUGGAAUUGUUAUCUGAUGUUCAAGAUCUAGUUGAGCGAGGUGUAUACAUGGGGUCUGUGGAGCUGUUUUUUGCAACAAUGGAACGCGGAUUACCAUACCUUAACGAAUCGUCAGUAGUUCUCUUAAUGAAUUUUCAACUGGAAAAAAUCAAACCCAGCCAACCAAAUUGGAUUUCCAAUCUCAACAAAUAUAUACAAAGGUUUUACGUGGAAGAAAAGCGAAUUCAGCCGCGAUUCAGGAUAUUGGACAUGAUUGAAUCCACGGUUGUAACUCAGCGAAGACUACACGACGAAGAGCUACUAGAAUUAGUACUGCUCCCUCUGUUCCAGAAUCUGCAUUUGGAGCAUGAUGUGUCUGUCCGUGAGAAAGCGGUAGAUUUAAUUGUCUCUCUGUGCCACCACUGUAAUUCCAAGCAUUGCACUGGUUUGUUGGAUGUUCUCGAGAGAAUAAUGGAACGCCCAUUUAAUGUGGACCAUGGUGACAUAGUCAACAUUCCAAGCGAGGAAGAACUCGGAGAUGUCGUCAAGUGUACUAAUGGACUGAUUGAACUUUUUCUGGUCAAAAUGUACCAGUUGCCAUCCUCUCACGCAGUACAGAUUUACAAGACACUGGUGCGACAUGCAAACUUGCACUACGAAAAACCUAUCUAUUUUGAAUUUGCCCUCUCUACUAAGCUUGCCGUUUUCGAUUUUAUUCUUAACAUCACCGCGGAUGGUGACUAUCGGUUGGGGUAUGCUCCGUUACCACGAUACAGUCCAUACAUUUUGAUAGAUCAUAAACAUGGAGAACGAGUCGGUGGCACUAACCGCAAGGAAAUUCGAAGUGCUACAGAGGAUCCGACUUCAACUGUGUAUUCCCAGGUCACGCAGAUGUCGCUUGGAGAGGCUUGUGUUGCAGUGAUUCGAUGCCUGAACCAAGAGAGAGACUGGAGAGUUUUGAAACUAGUUCUUGAGAGGAUUCCACGGGUUCUCAAUAACAAGGCGUUAGUUCUUUCUCGACACAACACAGACAUUGACUAUGUCGGUAGGGCUUUGUGUUCGUUGAUUAGUGAUACUACUCUAAACAAUCCGGAAACAUUGAGAAAUGCGCCACCCAAGUUUUCGCGAGCUGAGUUUCAGCUUUACGUCUUCCGCGUCCUCACAUCUUUGGCGUCAUACCAUGCUUAUCUUAAACCGGAAACUCAACAAAAGCUUGUGAAAUGCCUUGAAGUUGGGCUUAAAUUUAAAGAUACGGCCAAAACUUGUGUAGUUGCUCUGACUAUCUCUGCCUUGGAGAUGAAAGAAACAAUGUACAAGCUUCUUCCAGGAGUCCUGCUCAGCUUGUCCAAAAUUUCAGCCACCGUUUCAAUUGCGCCGAAUAUUCUCGAGUUCCUUUCGACGCUCAACCGCCUUCCCGAAGUCUAUUCGUCCUUUGUGGAAGAACAGUACCUAAGCAUUUUUGCCAUAACGUUGCCUUUCAUCAACCCCUUUAAAUUCAACCAUUACGUUGUAUCAUUGGCACACCAUGUGGUUUCCUUGUGGUUCCUUUCAUGCAAACUUCCACUGAGAAAAAAUUUUGUAUGCUAUAUCGUUAAAGGAUUCAAAAACAAUGUGCUCAUUCCAUGUGAGGAAGGCUUGAGUCAAAUGGCCCAAAAUCAGUCAGCUAGUGGUCAGAGCUCAGCAGAAGAGUUGUCGAGCAGAGUAAGAAGUGGUAGCUUCUCCCGAACCGGAAACGUACGACCUACAGGAGCAGGAGAUGCCACUAAAGUCACUCAAGACGAAACACGCAUUAUGUUCCACCGCGAACUUAUGGAAACAUGCGCUGAUCUCAUGUCUCGGUACACAUAUGGUAAUAGUGCUCCUUACGCCCAACAGUCUGAUACAGUUGGCAAAAUUUUAAAGGAUGGCCCCAGUCAGACAUGGUUAAUAGGCCAUAAAUUGGUCACCAUAACCACGAGCCCGUGUCUACGUGUAGCCAAUCAGCGUGGACUGUGUGACCGUUGCUCUUUGUUGUGCAAGUUAGGAUCAGGCGAGACCUCAGUUCCAGCAACUGAAACCGAUGAUGCGCCAUCACCGGUUGUUUCGGAUGUAAUUGGGUUCCGACGCCGUCAUCGUUCGGCCAUGUCACCUGCAGCUUUGUCGCCUGGCGAGCAUGGAAUUGACAGUCGCACAGAAGAUAUUCAAGCAAAACUGAGGUCGCGACACAAGAGUUCAAUAGACGAUCGUAGACUGACUAUUGAUAUGGACGAUCCAAACCGUGAACAACAGGAUCCUGAGAGCAAAGCAAGCAUUGCCCAAAUUCCUUGUGUUUGCUAUUGUUCUGGUUGGGCUAAGAUCCACAUUCGUCGCCCGACUGGAGAUACUAGCUGGGUGACCCGUCUACUCAAUCCUCCUCAGAGUAUUAACGAUGUGUUUUUGCUGAGCGACUGGUCAGAAGAACCGGUUCCAAACUUGGCGACUGUUUUGAUACCGAAACUUGAUACUCUCAAGGAAGCAAGCAAUUUUCAUCCCAAACUAGAUCGUUCGGUUUCAGCCUCUGCUGCCUUAAGGAGCCCAUCUAAUCGCGAUGAUCGUAUCGAAUCAGAAAUUGAAGUAGGAGAUGGGAUCUCAAUUGAAGAGGAUAGCCGGGAACGGCCUCCAAUAGCUAGACAGACGUCACUGAAAGAAAUUCCUUCUUCAUCGCGCAAGAGCUGUGAAGCAAUACCUGAAGAAAGUAAAGAAGUGGAAGGAGUCAAAACUGAUGAUACAACUGAUUUUCAUCCACAUCCACGCGACCGAGUAUACACUAUGCCGGCAUUGAAUAUGCAAAGGCGUGGUACCAAUGACCCAAACCUGAGAAGAAACGUGUCGAAUAUUGACUCCUCGUUGAAAGAUGCGAACGCGUCGUCAGGAUCAAAUCCCAGUUUUAUUUUCCUUCAGUUAUACUAUUCUCCGAUGACCUCUGCGGUCACAGCUGCAAACAAAGAGGGGUCUGAAGCUGGCUCACCUCCAAUUCUUGUGCCCAAUAACAUUCAUACUGCUAUCAAGAAUCUGGAUCGUAUUCCUCCAUAUGAGACGCACAAAAUAGGAGUCCUAUACGUUGGUAAAGGACAGGCUGGAAAGGAAUCUGAAAUUCUCGCAAACGAACAUGGCAGUGUACGAUACAUGGAAUUUCUGCAUAAGCUUGGCCAAUUAAUCAGUCUUAACGAAGUGGACACGCGUGGUACGUAUAUUGGUGGGCUUGAGGUCAGUGGUGCGGAUGGAAAAUUCGCUUACUUGUGGAAGGAUGAUGUCCUUCAAGUCAUUUUCCACGUUGCCACGCUUAUGCCUACUCUACCCAAAGACCCCGCUGGUACCAACAAAAAACGGCAUAUUGGUAACAAUUAUGUUACUAUUGUGUACAAUGACAGUGGAGAAGAUCACCAGAUGAACACUAUUCGAGGCCAAUUCAACCAUGCGUGCGUGAUUGUUGAGCCACUUGACCAUGCAACACAUCGAGUGACCUUAAAAUGCCGAGAUGAUUUACAUGAAUUGAUGGGUGGACCAGUUGAGCCCAAAUUGGUUUCUGAUCGAAACGUUUCUUUACUGAGUCGACAGAUGGCUUUUCAUAGCAAUCUUGCUGCGCUGAUCUUGCAAUCCAAAUCCAACUACCCGUACGCUUCGAACUGGCUUGAACGACUAAGACAAAUCAAGCGAACCAAAGCGCGUUUGGAGAAAGAAGACGUGAAAGAGAGGGAGAAGAAUCCAUGGCUUCAGUACAAUUUAUCGUCUACCUUGGAUUUCACCGAAUUCACAAGCCCUAAAACUGCGUAACGAGAAACUUUAGUUUCAUCAUCUUCUCUAAACAUAGGAUCGUCUGCGAGAUUCGACCACAACAGUCUGAAAAUAUUUAUCAUCCGAAAUUCCUAUGCGAUAUUUUAGUCAGAAAAUUAGAUUUAAUACAAAAAUUGGCCACGGAA